AUGGGCAGGUUGAGAGACGUUAUUGGUCAUCACAGCUGUGAUGCUUCAGUUGAAAGACCGCGCGUACGCUACUGGGUACACCAGGUGGGAUACACACCGCAGCCAUACCUUGGAGGGAAAGACAAGAGUAUGCCUCGACACCGAUGCUUGUGUCGAGUCUGUCUGUCUGUUAACUACAGUGCUUGGUUUAAAGACCGAUCGCCCACGAUUGACUUCAAUCCAGGGUAUUUCAAAACAUCACCCAACGAAACACCAAGAUUUCGGUGCACUUUGACGAACAAUGUCCACAGCAACACAAAAAAGGUUAGUGUUAUCCUCACCGAGCAUCGCGCGCCCCAAACUCACACAAGGUCGCCCAGCGGCACAAGCCCUUGGGAGAACAAGCAGCCCUCGGAGCAAGAGUACAAGCAGAGGAUCCAAGACUGGCUGUCAGACCCUGGUCUCGACAUCCAAGGCAGACUUCUUAGCGGCCGCAGCAGGAGGUCCACACCACCCCGAGGCGUCCGCCAAGAGGGCGAAGCAGUAGGCAGAAAAGUGAGGCAAGCCGUCUUGUGA